CUGCUGCUGCAGCCUGCAGUAGUGAAUGGGUGAAUGGGCCUCUGCUAAUCUGGGGCUGGUGCCUACACAGCCUGUUUUCACAGCUUAGAGCCAGUGAAGAUGAACCCCCAAGUUCUAGCUGUUUAAAUAAGUUCAGGUUUUGAAGAUUAAACCUCUUGCAUAAGACGACCACAGGAUCUCACAUGAUUUUUAGUCAGGAAAAAGUGUAGCUUUGGAACAACUCAGAACUAUGGCUAAGGAUAAGAAGAAAGAGAGCAAAAAGGCUGAAAAAUCUGUGCCUCUCCCUCCUCCUCCUGUUGUUCCUUCACAUGAGGGUAGUUUGUCUAAGCUCCCAGGUUUACAGACCUCAGUAAAUCAAGUGGAAGAAAUACAGCCAAACGCAUUGGUAUCCCAGGAAGAAUCAAAAGAGGUGGAAGAAUCUGUGGUUCAAGAGGCUGUUCAGUACUAUGAAGAGCCUGUUCUAACUCAGCUCAUUGUAAAAAGUUAUGAAGGAGAAAAAGUCCAUGGAUUGUAUGAAGGAGAAGGUGUUGCAUAUUUUGAGGGAGGAAGUGUGUACAGGGGCAUGUUUUCUGAAGGGCUUAUGCAUGGACAGGGGACUUACACAUGGGCUGAUGGAGUGAAAUAUGAGGGCACCUUUGUUAAGAAUGUUCAGCUGUAUAAUGGCACUUAUACCUGGUGUGAUGGCAGUGUAUAUGAAGGAGAGAUCACAAAAGGAGUAAGGCAUGGAUUUGGCAUGUACAAGAGUGGAACCCAUCCAGUUUCUUAUAUCGGCCAAUGGUGUGAAGGCAAAAGACAUGGGAAGGGUACUAUUUAUUAUAAUCAGGAAGGAACCUCCUUGUAUGAUGGUGACUGGGUAAACAACAUCAAAGAGGGCUGGGGGAUAAGAUGUUAUGAAUCAGGAAAUAUAUAUGAAGGUCAGUGGGAGAAAAAUGUACGCCAUGGGGAAGGAAGGAUGAGGUGGCUGACAAUAAAUCAGGAGUAUACUGGGCAAUGGGCAAAUGGCAUACAGCAUGGUUUUGGCACCCAUACCUGGUUUCUGAAGAGAAUACCUGGAUCUCAGUAUCCUUUGAGGAAUGAAUACAUAGGAAAUUUUGUGAAGGGUGAUCGUCAUGGGCAUGGAAGGUUCAUCUAUGCCAGUGGAGCAAUGUAUGAUGGAGAAUGGAUUUGCAAUAAAAAGCAUGGCUUUGGAAGGUUUGUCUUCAAGAAUGGACGUAUUUAUGAAGGAGAGUUUAUAAAUGAUCAAAUUGCAGAUUAUCCCACUUUUCAAGUGGAUGCAAUGAAUACACAGGAUCUGAGUGGUAUUCGCACACAAAGCCCCAUUGGCACUGAGACCAUCAGAAUAACUGAUGGCCAAGGAAAUACUUCUGUUUUGGGCUCAAACAUCGAACUAGAUAUAUCUUCAUUGCUGGACUUGAUUCCAGAGAAUGACAGAAAGGAGGAAAUAAAACAGCUAGAAUAUGCUGUGUUGAGACGCAUCUCAGAACUGAGAAGAAUCUACAGUUUUUACAGCAGUUUAGGCUGUGAUCAGUCACUUGACAACACCUUCCUGAUGACUAAGCUCCAGUUCUGGAGACUUCUAAAGGACUGUCAGUUUCAUCAUUGCAAUAUAACCCUUGCUGAUAUGGAUAGGAUACUGAAAGGAGAUAAUGUACCACCUGAGGAGUUGCAUUCUCCAUAUGAGACAUUGCUGCUGAGAACAUUUUUGUCUUACCUUAUUCAUCUAGCAUUUCAUAUCUAUCACAAAGAGCAUGACGAUAAAGGACCAUAUCUGUUCAAGUGUUUCUCAAAGAUGAUGUCCAAGAACAUUAUUCCACAUGCCUGUCAUGUACAAGGCAUUUUAUUUCACAAACAGCAACACACUGCCUCUGCCAUAAAUUACAUUGAUAAAUGCUGGGAGAUAUACGGAGCCUUUUGCAGACCAAGCAUUAGACCUCCUCAUGAACCCACAAUGAAGAUGAGACACUUCCUCUGGAUGUUGAAAGAUUUAAAUAUUCUAAGCAAACAAUUAACUUCUCCAAAAGUUGUGGAAAUACUGGCAAAAGAAAAUCCUUUUGUACGUGACAAAGAUGACACCAACUUGGAGCAUGAGUUGGUUUUUCUUGAAUUCCUUGAAGCUCUCCUGGAUUGUGCACUGUUAUAUGUUACCAGUGAUAUGAUUAAACAGCAAGUAGAACAUGUCACUCAGAAAAGAAGCAGUUCUAGGAGUGAGGAUUAUUCAGGAGUCAAGUAUAUAGCUCAGCACCCAGAAUGCCUCUCGCGUCGGUCCAUUCAUAGCAGAAGUAUGGUCAGUGCUGACACAAACCAUGAAGCUUCUGAGGCAAGUCAUUUCUGUAUUGAUACGAUGUCAUCUUCAAGCAAGAUUGCUGAGUCAUCAAACUCUAACAAGAUAAAGAAAUCUGAGCUUAAGUCUAAGGACUCUACAUGUGAAUGUAAAACUUCUCCGCAGACACAGAAGCUAAAUGAGAAAGAGAAAGGUUCAUUCAUUCAAGCAUCUCACACUGUACUAAACAGCACCUUCUCCUCCAGCACAACACAUCUACAGUCUACAGAUGACAAAGAUGAAAUAUUAGUACAGUCAUUGCCCAUUCUGGAGACAGAAAAAGGCCAAGUUCUCAGCAGUCCAGUGAAAGAACUGGCAGAUAAACUAGAAAAAGCUGAAAGUGAACAGAAGGAAAAAAUCAAUUUUUGGCUAAGCCAGAUACAUAUCUUUUUUGUGACUACGUUAUUUGCUGCCUACAAGCAUGAACAAGUGGUGAGAGAAAAAAUAAAAGAAAAUCAAAGACGGGAGGCUGAACUAGAAGCACUGAGGAAAAUCAAAGAUGAGGAGUUAGCAAAGCUUAUCAUCACGAGAGAAGAUGCCAAAAAACAAGAAGCAGCUGCAGCAGAAAAAGCAGCAUUAGAGACAGAGAAUGGAGCAGUAAAAGAACCUGAGGAUUCAGUAAUACAGCUGUCACCUCCUCCAAAGGAAGAAGCAAUCAUUGCUCCCCAGCCUGUGAUUACUAAGGUUGCUGCUGCUUCAAAGAAAAAGAAGAAGUAGAUGAUGCUAAGACUAAAGCUGUAUGUACAUACGAGGUGUAUUAAUGCGAAGAUAACUAGAUUUUACAAAGCUAAAAGGGAAAUCUAAACAUUACAAUAUAUAGUUAUAGCACAUGAGUGCCAAUAAAAUUAUUUCCAUGAUGUUUCUUUAUUUUGGAAGGAAGUUUGUUUAAUCACUAGCUAAAAUGACUGCUCUUCCUCUUCACCCCAAUAUAGACAAGCCUGGGUCUACCUCCUGGCUUGAAAAUACUUCUACACAUUAGUGGUUACAUGGAGCUUAUUUGACUUUUGGAGAAUACAAAGCUGGACAACUAGUUAGAAGAAGUUUUACUAUUAUAGGUUAUAAGGCCCGCUAGGGUCAAAUUUACCUGUUGGCUAAGUCUUGUUACCAUGACAUCGGUUUACAUAAAAUGUGAAUCUACACAAGCUCUGCAUAAGGUUUGUGCUUCAAUUCUUGUGGGCCUGGAAAGAACCCAGCUGUUUUGUUUUUGGACCUGAUCCUGCAUCAAGCCUUAUUUGAUCUGAGUGGGAACAACUCUCAAAAGAACUGAACAUUAGGCUUAGUCUUUCUUCACCUUUAAUUGUCUGUCAGCUCAUACCAGAGAGGAACAAGUUAGUUUAGUUGUAUAAAGUAGAAGAACAAGGUAGUUCUUACAUGUUUAGUCUUCAGUGUACUAGUGUAGCAGUCUGAAACUUGACUAUGCCUGCUACUUCAUAGUUGAAUGCUGUAACAAAAUCCCCCUCAAUUUUACAUGCUUGUUUAUGGAAGAGCUGUACACAGCUGAUCAAUAAAUGAGCAGUUUGGGAAACAUAAGUGCCCUCAAAGUGGUAACAAUCAUCAGUUUUAUUUUCCAGUAAAAUAUUCACAUAACAAUAUCUGAGAAAUGGAAUGGUACAGAUGAAUUAGACCAGGUUUAGUUUGCACAUAAAUAUUCUUAAAAUCUAAAAAUCUUAUGAUCAGAGUUUACAGAUUUUAGUAGAAAUUUGAUUCUUACAAAGCAAGUAUUGCUUUACUAUUGUCAUUAUUCCAGUCAAUAAUAU